AGUUUUUCCUUUCCCGGAAAUUUUUUCUACAAUCUCGGAAAAUCAAGCUUCAUCAGACGAAAAUGGCAAGCUUCACCGCUAGUGCUCCAACCUCUUCAGUCCUCCGGGCGGCCCUUCUCCACAAACCCUCCUUGGGGAUCCAAUCCUCCCCCGUUCUUGCACUUCCCGCACUGUCGAAGGGAGGAAAAGUGAGGUGUUCUAUGGAGAAAUCUUCGGAUGGUGAAAGCAACAAGAAGAUGGGGAUGGGAGCUUCGUUGAUGGCGGCAGCUAUGGCGGUGUCUAGUCCGGCGAUGGCUCUGGUGGACGAGAGAUUGAGCACAGAAGGUACUGGACUCCCCUUUGGGUUGAGCAACAACCUUCUUGGUUGGAUUCUUCUUGGUGUGUUUGGUCUCAUCUGGGCUAACUACUUUAUCUACACUUCCACUCUCGAAGAAGAUGAGGAGUCUGGAUUGUCUCUCUAAGCUCCAAAAAAUCAAACCCCAUAUCGUAAUUAUUUUCUGCUUAAAAAAUUAAUGUAAAAAGUAUGGAAACAAAGUUGGAAUUUCUGAUUUUGUAGUAAAAUCUACUUUAUUCCUA